AAAACACUAAAAAGAGCAUUUUAGAUAGAUCAGUCAUACAUAGACAUAUAUCAUCAAUAUAUAUAUAUAUAUAAGUGGGAGAAACAAGUUGAGCACUUGAAAGGAGCAACGUGUCUAUGUUUUAGAGGAUAAAAAAAGCCUCUUUUUUUCUCUUUUUUUUUUCCUCCCUUUCCCUUUCCUUUUUAGAUGGAUGAAAACACAGGCAUGCCAGAGAGAUCCAUAGAAUUUAAGUACGAUUUCACCGGCGGUGGCAGUAGCGGAGUUGGUGGUAGCACAGGUGGUUCGAGUGAGGAAGCUGGCAACGGCGUUGGCGGGGUGGUAAAAGAGCAAGAUCGGUUACUUCCAAUAGCAAAUGUGGGGAGGAUAAUGAAGCAAAUUCUACCUCCAAAUGCCAAAAUCUCAAAAGAAGCUAAAGAAACUAUGCAAGAAUGCGUGUCGGAGUUCAUCAGUUUCGUGACGGGGGAGGCGUCAGAUAAGUGCCAUAAGGAGAAGAGGAAGACUGUUAAUGGUGAUGAUAUUUGCUGUGCUUUGGCUACACUUGGAUUUGAUGAUUAUGCUGAGCCUUUGAGAAGGUAUUUGGUUAGGUAUAGAGAUAUGGAAGGGGAGAGAGCUCAACAAAACAAGGGAUGUUGCAAUAAUAGUAAUAAUAAUAAUAACAACGAUGGAUGAGAGAAAUAAUUGGAGAAAUUUGCCUCAAACGAUUUGGAAAGAAAAAAAAAUUGAACUUUUCCUCUUUUUUUUCUUUUCUUCAAUUGGGUAUUUCUUUUUCUUUUUUUGAAGUUUGUUAAACAGGAUAGGCUCAAAUGGGGAAAUGGGGGAAAUGGAGAAAUGUGAUUUGGAGAAGAGGUUUUAUUAUUAUUAUUAUUUUUUUGUAAUUUGAUUUUCUGACUUCUAAAAAAACACUUUUAAUUUGUGGGUUUUGUUUGGUUUUGUUUUUUGUUUGUAUGUUUGUACUUUGUUUUGUUCUUUAGAUAUGAGGGUUUUUGUUGAAUUAACAUGUUGGGGGAUGUGUAAAAAACCAAAAAGGUUUGGACACAUUUAGGGUUUGAUUUGGGGAUGUAUAAUUUGGAUGCUACUACUAAUUAAUGAUCUCUCUCUCUCUUUGUUGAAUUUUCAUUUCCUUGGGAUUUUUAAGG